AAGUGAAAUAAAGAUGCUGAGGAGGAAACCGACUCGUCUGGAGCUGAAGAUCGACGACACAGAAGAGUUUGAGAGCAUCAAGAAAGAGCUGGAGGCCAGGAAGCGUCAGCGAGAAGAAGCAGAAUCAGGAGGCGGAGCUUCUGUCAUUGGUGUGGAUCUAAUUAGAGGCGGAGCUUCUGCCUCAGCCUCUUCCUCCACUCUUGCGUCAAGGGCGGAGCUAAUCAAUGAUCGGAUCGGCUACAAACCUCACCCUAAACCUGCCACCCUGCCGACUUUAUUUGGAAGUUUACAGUUUUAAUAAAGUUCAGACAUAAAA